GCUGACAAUUACAUGAAUAGCUUGUGCAUAGAUUGGGAGCGAACAAAAAAAUUUGCCUUUAACGAGAAGAGCAACCCUGAUGAUAGCAAACUUGGACUGCAGAUUGUUAAGGAUCUCCACAGAACGGGAUGCAGUGGUUUCAGUGGUCAGGACAACGACGAGGACAGGGCCGUCCUCAAGAGGGUACUCCUGGCCUACGCACGGUGGAACAAAAAUGUGGGGUACUGUCAGGGUUUCAACGUUCUAGCUGCCCUCAUACUUGAUGUCGUCGACAGACAGGAAGAUUCUGCUCUGAAGGUAAUGAUCUACCUGAUUGACAAAGUCCUACCUGAGUCAUACUUCGCCAACAAUUUGAGGUCACUUUCAGUGGACAUGGCGGUCUUCAGGGAUCUGCUGAGGACACACCUGUCCCUCCUCUCCAGGCACCUCGAUAAAUUGCAGUCGCAAGCUGCCAAGGAUCAUUUUUCUAAUGGUGCUUAUGAGCCACCGCUGACGAACGUGUUCACCAUGCAGUGGUUUUUAACGAUGUUCGCCACAUGUUUGCCCAAGCAGACAGUCUUGAGAGUUUGGGAUUGCGUGCUGCUGGAUGGCUCAGAGGUGCUUCUAAGGACUGGCAUCGUCAUUUGGGAACGUUUGCAGAGUCGCAUAAUGACUGCAAACAGUGCUGAUGAAUUUUACUCCAUGAUGGGUGUGCUGGGACAAGACAUGUUGGAUGAACAAAUGUUCGAUACUGAGGAACUUGUUAAGAAAAUCUUCCACAUCGCCCCAUUUCCUCUGCCUCAAUUGAGUGAACUCCGUGAGAAAUUCACGUACAACAUAACACCUUUU